UGAAUCGAAUAUUCAUGAGAAACCAUUUUUAUUUAUAGAAAUUAAUACUGAUUAAUUUAUCAUGUAAUAUUUCAAUUUUACUAACUCUGGUGAAAAAUUCACAAUAAGAAAAACAGCAAGAAAAUGAAAAAAAAAUACCCUUAUAAAAUAUUAAUAAAAAAAUCUUCCAAGAUUUUAUUUCUAUAAAAAAAUAAAUCAAAAUAAUAUUAAUUAAAAAUCGACUUUAUUAUAACUCCUCAACUAUCCCAUAUAAAAAGACACACAUCCCCAUAAUAAAUAUAUACUCUCCAUUCCUCCCCACCAAUAAAUUCAUGUUGUUCCUCUUCUUCAUAACUUCUUCUUUCUUCUUCUUCUCCUAAAAAUUAAUCCUCCAUUUUUUUUCCCUCAUAUUUUCAUGGUAGAAAAAACCAUGACCCAUUUAGCUCCAAUAUUCCGAACCGAAUCCGGAACCUGGUACCAAACCAAUGGUGAACUCCAAACCAACUACUUAGAAAAAAGGCAACUCUUCCUUAGAAGCUACCAAUUUAGUAGGAAGCAAAGUUUGGGUGAAAGGCUCAAGAGAUCAUUGGUUCGGGUUAAAAGACUUGUUUGGGUUCGCGCUAAGUCGGCUCGGAGACUUCCUAAAGUGAUUUGGUCCGGUCUUAGGUUUGCUCUUUAUAAUAAAAGAAGAAGGUUGUUUAAGCUCCUUAAUCAGUAUUAUUACUACAAUAAUAAUACCAAUUAUAAAAAUAGUAAAUUUUGUAAGAAUUUUAAGUAUGAGCUUUUUCAUAGAUCUAAUGUUAGUCUUCCUCCUUGUUUCUGGUAGAAAUAUUAUUAUUUGGACUGACCUAUUUUUUUUAAUUAAGUAUAUGUUUGUAGUUGGGGGAGGGAAUGCUAUUAAUUGUAGGAUCAAAUUAUGUUUGCUAGAUUUAAAUAACAGUUUUAGUAAUAUGAGUAGUAUUUUUUGUUCCUUUUUUUUUGUUUCUAUGUAAAAAAGCUUUAUUACCUCUAUAUGUAUGAUAAUUUGACGAUUUUUUUUUUCCCCUUAUAUGAUUGAUGCGGAUCGGAGUUGUAAAAUUUGUUUGUAACAUAAUAUCGGAGGAAAAUUAACAUUCAAACUUCGAGCUCGAAAAGAAGACGUACGGGUAUUUUCCCCUUUGAACAUGUUUCUUAUGUAAUUAUGUGAGUAACCAGUUUUGUGCUAAUUAGAGUAAUACGUAGUAUAAUCUCAUUCUUUCUUAAUUAAUCAA